AAUGGAAACCGCUUCACCUCCCCAAGCAGUACAGACUACGUUGGCGGUGACACCAAUUGAAGACCCGACCGUUUUCAAGACCACUCGCGAGUUCCUUUCCAAUUUCACUGAGUUGGAGGUGCUUCACCAUUGGGCAAACCACCCUCUCCCAAAUGCGCCCAAGAUUCUCGAGGAUGCAGUCGGUGUCGCCCCAGAUCUUGAGUGGCACACUUCAGAUCCAAACAAAUUUCUGGCUGUGAUCAAGAAGGCAGCCAUCUACUACAUCCGUGUGAUCGAGAACUGCCAUUUGCGCAGCAAACUCGGAUACCCGGACACAGCCAUUGGCUUUCCCGUCGAUGGCUCCAUUUCAGGCCUCUCGAUCAACGAUAGCUGGGCCGACGUAGCGAACAAUAAGGACAGCGCCUCAACAGUGGAUCGAGGCUUCGCUCGUUUCUGCUUUUACUGCGAUGCGUCUGAUGAUCACAAUGGCACCGACGAGUCGCCUUGCCCUUCGAAGGAGAGUGGUACGAUUCUCUGCAAAUUGUGUGUCAACGCUAUCGGAAAGAAGAACAGGAUCUGCCGCGAUCGCACCCAUGGCCACCAGACUCAUCGUUGCACCUUCCAGUGGAGCCAUCACUGUCGCAAAUUUCCGGAACUGAUCAAGCCAGCGGACUGGAGUUUGUAUGACAAGCGCGGUCUGGCCCGUGGUAUGGCGUUGGCGGACGACGCUAUGAUUGGUGCGGUGUUUCGAAAGAAUAUUAUUGCAGAGGGCCCGAUUGAUUGGACUGUUGUGGCUGAUGAGGAGAAGCGGCUGGAGUAUGAGGCUACGCAGUGUAGCAGUGGUGAGGAGGAGGAGGAUGAUCAGAAAUAA